AUGUUUACGGAAAUGACGUAAGGGACACGAAACAGGAAACGGUACAGGUGCGCGAGAUUGAUUUCCGGUUGAAUUUGAUGGCUUCAAGAAAAUAAAUUUUAGGUGGUUUGUUGAUCAACUUGUACCAGUGUCAUCAUGUCAGCGUCAGCUGUUUAUAUUUGUGAUGUCAAGGGAAAGGUGCUGAUAUCCAGGAAUUACAGAGGUGACAUUGACAUGUCAGUGAUUGACAAGUUUAUGUCAUUAGUAAUGGACAAAGAAGAGGAAGGAAAUGUCACCCCUAUAAUUCAGCACAAUAAUGUCACCUUUAUUUAUAUUAAAUACAAUAAUUUAUAUUGUGUGGCUACAUCCAAGAAAAAUUCUAAUGUCGCACUUGUCUUUUCUUUUCUACAUAAAAUUGUCCAGAUAUUUAUAGAGUAUUUUAAAGAAAUGGAGGAAGAGAGUAUUCGAGAUAAUUUUGUUUGUAUUUAUGAAUUAUUAGAUGAGGUCAUGGACUUUGGUUAUCCGCAAACAACUGAUACAAAAAUAUUACAAGAGUAUAUUACACAAGAAGGUCACAAAUUAGAGAUGGCCCCUCGACCACCGAUGGCUGUGACUAACGCAGUUUCCUGGCGAUCAGAAGGUGUUAAAUAUCGUAAAAACGAAGUAUUUUUAGAUGUUAUUGAAUCUGUUAAUUUAUUGGUUAGUGCUAAUGGUAAUGUGUUACGUAGUGAAAUAGUUGGAUCUAUUAAAAUGAGAGUGUUUUUAUCUGGUAUGCCUGAACUACGACUAGGAUUAAAUGAUAAAGUUCUGUUUGAGAGUACUGGAAGAGGAGGAAAGAGUAAGUCUGUAGAACUGGAGGAUGUCAAGUUUCAUCAGUGUGUCCGAUUAUCACGAUUUGAAAACGAUAGAACCAUAUCAUUUAUACCCCCUGAUGGUGAAUUUGAAUUAAUGUCCUACCGACUAAAUACACACGUAAAACCGUUAAUAUGGGUAGAAUCUGUGAUAGAAAGACACGCCCACAGUCGAGUUGAAUAUAUGAUCAAGGCCAAGAGUCAGUUUAAACGUCGAUCAACAGCUAAUAAUGUAGAGAUUAUAAUACCAGUUCCUACAGAUGCUGAUUCACCUAAGUUUAAAACAACUGUAGGUAAUUGUAGAUAUACACCAGAGAUCAGUAGUGUUGUAUGGAGUAUUAAAUCAUUCCCUGGAGGAAAAGAAUACCUAAUGAGAGCCCAUUUUGGUUUACCAAGUGUAGAAACGGAAGAUUCAGAAGGUCGUCCACCUAUACAAGUCAAGUUUGAGAUUCCAUAUUUUACCGUUUCUGGCAUACAGGUUCGUUAUUUGAAGAUUAUUGAAAAGAGUGGAUAUCAAGCUCUACCAUGGGUGCGUUAUAUCACACAGAAUGGAGAUUAUCAAUUACGUACAAAUUAAUCAAAUUAUCAAAUAUCGUAUUUAACUUACGACAUAAUUGUCCAUUUAUUUACAAUUCAUUUUUGUCCAUCUCUUUACACAGUUGCUCAUUUUAACUCCUCAACUUUCAGUUAAAAUAACAGACAUUUUAACUCAGCAUCUUAUAGUAGCGGUAUUGUUAUUAAUUUUUAAAAACGUCCAGUCUUGGCAUGGAGUAGGAGAAAUACUAUAUUAUGGUCAUCUAUAAACUUGUUGAAUCUUGUAAACCUUCAAAUUUCUCAAAAACAACUCUUAAUUCUUAAAUUAGGUUGGCUUUCAAAAUAUUGUUUUGUUUAAGGAGAUAAAAUAUGAACAUUAUGCAAAUAUAAUGUAAAUAACAGAGCUUAAACUGUAGGAUUUUCUAAAUUGAUAUACAUAUUCAACAAUGGCGCCAUAUUAUUCUGGCUUGUGGGGGGUUGGUUGGCUGAUUGAUUAGCGCGUGCAUGUUGCAUUAUAAGGUCUGUCAUUUAGUCAACUGGUGUGGUUUCGAUUCCGAGAUUUUACGUGACAAGAAGUAGAGAAGCCAGUCCAAUACCCUGGGUUCUCUCUGGAGUUCUCUGGUCCCCCCUCCCACUGCUAAAGACCCUUAUGCGCAAGGAAAUAAAGUUGAACCAUAUGUUAGUGCCGAAAUGUUAUUGAUUGUUUUAUUAUUCAUGUUAAGAUUUUCCUGAUGUAAGAUUAUGUGUCCGUUCAAUGUUAUAAUGUUUGGGCAGUAUAUUAUUCUGUUGAAUAAGAAAGCUAUUUAUGUUGUCCGGACUUAUUAUAGAAUUUCCCACAGCAGGAUGUAGAAUAAUACAUACUUAUAACUCCGUUAUCAAGGUUCUGCAUAUGAUAUAUAGAGAAUCUACUACAAGUCUUUUUUUUGGGGUAUCAGUAAAGUCGAGUAGAAGAUUUUAUUUAUCUCCCAACCCUUUCCAUCCUAAAGCAAUAUCUCCUUGGAGAAAUCGCUCAGUCGGAAAAGUUAUCACACAAGCAAUGUCUACUGUAGAAUGUGUUAUUGGAUGAUAAAUGUCUUUUACUCCUAGCGAGAAACUUGAGUGCUCUGGUAAUCACAAAUUAUCUAAGGCCAAUUGCACAUCAUGUAGUUUUCUGUAAAUUUAAUGUCACAGAUUGUCAUCUGAGAGAUUUUGAAUGUUAAAUUGUAAAUUACGCAGCAUUCGUCAUCGUUUUCAGAUAAUGUAAACAAGCCAGUAUUACCUGGCAUUUUUUCAAUCCAAUUGAAUCCAAGCUUGUAGAUUGUCUAUCAUUGUUAUUUGGUUUGAUAUCUAGUCAAAUAUCAAAUAAUAAAUCUACAUUUUAGCACAGAUUAAGGGGGGAGGAUAUCCGAACAUUUUUGUUCUGAAAUGUUAAAGCUAUUGAAUUGAAAAUGGCACAAGUAGUUAGUAAAUGUAAUAGACAAGGGAAAUUACUUGUGCCAUUUUCAAUUCAAUGGCUUUAGAAUUUCAGAAAACAUUUUUCGGGUAGCCUCACCCCUUAAGCUAUGAAAAGUUAUAUAUUAUCCAACAAAUAGAAAGGAGAACUAGUGGUUUUAAUGCAGAAACCACAUCAUGCAGAAUAUAAAAACUAGGUUUAAUAUUUGAGUGUCAUUUCAUGUUUGAGGAACACAUUAACAGAACUUAAUUUUUAUGGGAUAUCGAUAACUGGUUUGAGGAUACUUGUCAAAACGUGCUAUUAGAAUGAAACCAGUAAUUUAUAUCCCAUAAAACUUGUAUUCUGUUUAACUUGAUUAAAUAUUAAUAGUAUAAAGAACUUGUAUUGUAUAUUUAUGUAUGUUAUAUAUUAUAUGUGUGUAUAUUGUUUCCAUGGUAAUGUAUAUUGUAUAUAUACGUGAUGUAAUCAUAAAUUCGCUUUUGUGGCAUUUGUGACAUUCCUUGAUAGGAUAAUAAAUUUAUGUAAUCAAAUCA